CGAUGACGUACGCCGCAGGCGCAGUGAGUCGGCGACGCCGGGACGGCUCUGGGUGUGCUGAGGGCCGAACGCUGCUGUUUCUGAGCGCCUUGAAAAAAAUUCUUGAAGUCAUCUACACUUUCUGCCUGGGAAAAGAUGGUCAACGUCUUGAAAGGAGUGCUUAUAGAAUGCGAUCCUGCCAUGAAGCAGUUCUUGCUGUACUUGGAUGAGUCCAAUGCCUUGGGGAAGAAGUUCAUCAUUCAAGACAUUGAUGACACACAUGUCUUUGUCAUCGCGGAACUGGUUAAUGUCCUCCAGGAGCGAGUCGGGGAACUGAUGGACCAGAAUGCCUUUUCUCUUACCCAGAAGUGAGGGCGCUAGUGUUGAGCACUUGGGAAUCCCAACCACAGAUAGAGAGGCCCGCUCAGUGGCUCAUGGGGUUUAGACUUGUUUCGAGCAUUUGGUGGGAAGGGCUGCGGGGUCAUUCAUUCAGAUGAACGCCCCCAACUGAUUUGGUUGGACCAUUUGAAAAAAAAUGUGUUUAUAAAGAGCUUUAACAACGGGCUGCAAUUUGGCUUUUACUAUUUAUUAUUAAAAUGUAAUCAUAGUUGUGCUGGUGAGAUGGCUCAGUUGGUAAAGGCCCUUGCCACUAAGCCUGACAGCCUGACUAACCCCGGGGGCCCACAAACUGGCAGGGGGGAUCUCCGCAGGCUGUCGUCCGACCUCCGGGCAUGUAGCUCCCUCCCACGCAAAUAAGGAAAUAUAAUAAAAUGAAAUCAUAAAUGUU